AUGGACACCGGAUCUUCUGCCGGGGCUGGUGCGGGUCUCUCCGCUGCUGGCGGCGUGGGCGGCGCCAAUCUCCCCAUCAAACGAGCGUGUGAUGCUUGUCGUGCCCGUAAAAUCCGCUGUGAUAGAGAAGAACCAUGUGCUCACUGCCAGCACGCCGGCAUCGAGUGUAAGAACACAUCGGGGCUCAAGCCCAAAGAGAAGAGAACUCGCAUUCUCAUCACCCCUCAAUAUGAGAAGAAGAUCGACCUAAUAGACCGCCGCCUCGACGGCGUAGUCCGCCUCCUCGAGGACCUAAAACUCCAGUUUCCCCUCCAAGCACCAUCAGCAGCACCGUCAACCGCACCAUCGGUCUCGGGAUCAACCGCCACACCCGGCGGGGGAGCAGGAGGGGCAGUAUCAGGGGGCCCGCCGGCGCCCAUCCAGCUCAAGACGGUGGCUUCAUCGUCCAUCUCAACAACACCAGCCAGCACUUCCACGCAGCAGCAGCACACGACGGACCCCCUGGUCGAGGGCGAGUCCUCCAUGACGGCCCAGUCCAUCUUCGCCCACGACUUCCUCCGCAAGACCGUCGGCGACGGCUCCUCGGUGCUCGAGAUGCGCGAGACCCUCGACGCCCUGCACUCUCUCGUCGAGGCGCUCCGGCACCAGCCCGCGUCGCACGAGCUGACGUACCCGCAGGCGAAGCCCGUGGCCCGGCCGGCGUUUGGCGAGUGCGAGAUGCCGCCCGUGCAGUCCGCCGUCAACAUCAUCCGCGAGGCAAAGGCCCAAAAGACGCUGGGCCUCGAGUGGGUGACGACGUUCCUCCACCCGGACCACUUCACCGACCUGGUCCUCAAGGUCUACUUUGCGCCGGCAGAGUUCAACGAGGCCGAGUUCAUCAUCGUCAACGCCGGCCUCGAGAGCCUGUACACCGACAUGACGCAGUCCAAGACGGCGACGGCGCAGCUCAGGGAGGAGUGCGCCAAGAUGGGCACCCUCUGCCGGGGGAACCUCCAGACCGCCCUCGCCAACCUGCCCCUGCACCUCCCGGCCACGAUGGACAUGAUUGUUGCCCUCUUGUUUGGUGCCUACCACGCAAUGGAAGUAGCAAAACCAAGCCUCGCCUGGACCCUCAACGUAGCCUCGGCCCAACUCUGCCAAACCCUAGGCUACCACCGCGCAUCCCCAUCAUCGUCGCCCCCAUCCACUUCCACUACAACAGGCACGGCAACAGGCCCAACCGCCGCAAACCCAGACGACGAGGAGUACAAAAUCUUCCUCUUCUGGUCCGUCUACUUCAUCGACAAGUCCCUCUCCCUCCGCCUCGGCCGCCCCUCGACGAUCCAGGACUACGACAUCACGGCCCCCUACCCCUCGAGCGCCAGCAAGAUGCACGGCGCCCUCAUGAGCUACUUUUGCCUGUGGGUCGUUGUCUCGCGCAUCCAGGGGAAGACGUACGAGCAGCUGUACAGCCCCGAGGCGAUUGCGCAGCCGAGCGCCGUGCGGGAGGCGAGGGCGAGGGGAUUGGCGGCGGAGCUGAGGAGGGUCACGGACCGGACGCAGGAGACGCAUUCGCAGUAUUUGAAGUCGGCCAUCGAGGCGGUGGGAGAGAACACGAUGGAGUUCUUCAACGUGUCGGACGAGGUGCUGAGACUAUCGCUGAUGACAAUCAUCUAUCGCGCCGUCCCCUCGCCCCCCGGGUCCGCGACGACGUUUGGCACAGAGUGCAUCAACGCCGCGAGGGCGACGCUGCAGCGGCACGAGGAUUGCAUGGCCAUCAUGGCGAAGGAUGCGUACUACCUGUUUCCCAUGACCAUCCUCUUCUCCCCCUUUGUCCCCUUCAUCGUAAUCUUCUGCCAGGUAAUCGAAACAAGCGACACCUCGGACCUCGCCCGGCUCCAGGGCUUCGUCGCCUCGAUCCAGGGCGCAAAGGAGUUCACCGAGGCCUCGGCGCGGCUGUGCCGCCUCUUUCAGGUGCUUUACAAUGUCGCGUUCCGGUACGUCGAGAUGCGGAGCCAGGGCAGCAGUGGGGGCGGCGGCAACGGGAACAACAACAGCACGCAGCAGCAGCAGCAGCAGUCGGAGGAACAGGGCCAGGAGAUGGACAAGUACCUCACGGCGCUCGGGUUCCCGCCGGCAUCUGGGCAUCCGCAGCAGCAUGCACAGCAGCAGUCGUCGGACGUGGGGUCGGAGCAGAUGUCGGGGAUGACGGGCGGAGGAGCAGAGGACGGGAUGAACGGUGCCGGCGUCGCGGGGUCGGGUGCGCUGAACCAGAUGAUGUGGAUGGGGAAUGCGGCGCAGUUGGAGGAUUGGUUUUAUAGCAACCAGCAGAUGAUGGGGCUUGUUGAGGAUGAUGACUCGUUUUUGCAGUGA